AUGUUUGAACUCGGUGGGAAAUGCUUGGCAUUCCAUGGGCCAUUGUUAUAUGAAGCCAAAAUAUUAAAAAUAUGGGAUCCAGCAACAAAAACGGUUACAUCUAUCAAAAAUAGCAGCAGCAGUGGCAAAUCUACUGGUAGCAAUAGUAACGAUAAAUCCUUAUUACAAAAUACAAGUGCAACUGCUCCAACGACUGGCACAGCACCUACAGACCAGGAAUCAAUUCCUGCAGAAAUCAUUGCAUUCCCAUGCUAUUUCAUCCAUUAUCAAGGUUGGAAAUCUACUUGGGAUGAGUGGAUAAGUUCCAUAAGAAUUAGAGAAUAUAACGUGGAGAACUUAGAAUUAAAGAAGAAAUUAGUCAAUGACGCUAGAGAGGCUAAGAAAUUAAAAGAUCAAGAAAGAAAGAAGAAACAUCAGAAUGCUUUACAUCCUUCAUCGUCCACUUCUUCUUUAUCUGCAUCAAGUAGGCUGAAAAAGGUAAAUGAUAUAACCAACAAAUCAAACGGUUUAAAUAAACCAUCACAUAACAAUGGGCCAUCAUCAUCAUAUCAACUUCAAAAUAACAUUCAAAAUGAUCUACAUAAUCAAGGUCAGUCAAAUAGAAGAGGUAGUUCAAUUUCACCGCAAAGAGGAGGAGCAGGAGGUGGAGGUAUGCCACCUCAUUCAUCCUCGUCACCGGCAUUAGGCUCAUCAUCAUCUAAUUCCUCCUCUUCUUCAUCUGCAUCACAUUACCAACAGCAAUUAUUAUCUCAAUUACAUAGUAAUAAUACACUGUUCCCCAGAAUAACUCUACAUAUCCCAUUAAAAUUGAAAUCUAUCCUAGUAGAUGAUUGGGAAUGUAUAACGAAAGAAAAAAAAAUCAUAAAUUUACCAUGUCAAAAUAACGUAUCCAAGAUUUUGGAAGAUUAUGAACAUGACAUGCUGAAAUCUGACUCCUCCUCUCCUGCAUCUUCAUCGAUAGUCUAUCAAUCUCAAUUAAAUGAAUUCAUUCAAGGUUUAAAAUUAUAUUUUAAUGAAACUUUGUCAAGAUUAUUAUUAUAUAGAUUAGAGCGAUUACAAUACGAGGAAUUAUUAAUAGAUUAUCGAAAGAAACAUGAUGGGAACGAAUCACACAUGAACGUAUCGGAAAUUUAUGGUGCCAUGCAUUUAUUAAGAUUGAUUAGUAUAUUACCGGAAUUAAUAUCAAGUACAACAAUGGACAAUCAAAGUUGUCAAUUGAUUGUGAAACAAGCUGAGAAUCUAUCAAUUUGGAUGGUUCUACAUAUCGAUAAAUUGUUCUCCUCAAAUAAUGACAGUGAUUAUUAUAUCAAUACUUCAAGCCAAUAUGAAGGUGUAGCAUUAAAUACAUAA